AUGGACAGAGCAGAUGCGAUGGCAGCAUUAGCUAGCUCAUCGUCCGAAGCUCAUUUCGGAUACGGCAAGUGCAGGCUAGCUCCGAACCGAAACUGGGGCCUCUCCACACGAUUCGGAAACCCUUGCCGCCUCCGGGCAAGCAAACAAACAUGCAAGCGACUGGGCGCCGGCUGUCGAGCGAUCGCCAAGGCUUGUCCCGCACUCGACUCCAAUUUGCAGGUCGGGCGGGGUGAUUUUACCAUGCGCUUGUCCCGAUUUCGAAAUUGGUACCACACAGGAACGUCGGGCUCCGAGAACCAACUCACCUGGGCCUGGGACCCGGUUCAACUGUGGUUCGCUUGA